AGAUAUUUUCAUGAGAGUGUGAUUUUAUCUCAGUGGUAAAAGAAAUAUAAAUUUAAAUGAUUAAUUAUUUUGAAUUAAUCAGUAAUAUGGAUUUUCAUAUAAUUUCUAUAUCUCAAUCUUGUAUAUAGUAUAUAAUCCUUUCAAUAUAAUGAGUCAUCCAAUCUAUAUAUCUAUUUUAUUGGCUAUCAUAUAAAAACAGCUUUGAAAAUAGCUUUAACUCGUAUACCAAAUAGUAACGAUUGCCAAUUAUAAAAUAAGAAUCAGGUUUGUCAAUUCUCUUCUAUCGUGAAUUUCAUUUAUUCAAUCCGUGUACACUUUAAUAAUAAAAACACUUUUAUCUGUCGCGUCGUAUAUGCAUUUAUAUCUUUGUAUGUAUGUAUUGCAUACUUACGUGCAUUUUCGUGUAGCGCACGUGUGUGUGCAAUUAUAGAAAGCGCUCAUUGAGAUCUAGUAGUAACAACUAUAGAUAAAACAGUCAUUUUGACAGAAUGGCCGAGUGUUCUAAACCUGUUGUAAGACAAAUAUUAAUUGUUCAUUUCUUUGAGUUCCACAGAAUUAGAACACUAGUUGAGUGAAUUAACUAAAUACAAACUAAUUGUACAUAUACGAAUGAUCGUGAUGCAUUUUCAUUCGUGAUAUCAAAAGGGUGGAUAUUGCGAAAUUCUUUCUCAAAGUAUGUUGUAAUUCGAAGGCAACCGUCAAGGUAAUCAGAAAGUGUAGAAAGUGCGCGUGUUAUGUUUGCAAAUGUAUAGGUAGACUCGCUUUUGUAAAACCGUUUUGGGAUAAAUUACGGUGCAAAUGUGAUGGAGGACUACAAAUUUCUUUUCAAAGUCGUCCUGGUGGGCAAUGCCGGUGUUGGAAAAACUUGCCUUGUACGGAGAUUUACGCAGGGUUUAUUUCCUCCAGGUCAAGGUGCAACAAUCGGUGUAGAUUUUAUGAUUAAAACUGUGGAAGUAGAAAAUGAGAAAGUCAAGUUACAAAUUUGGGAUACAGCUGGACAAGAAAGAUUUCGUUCAAUAACUCAAAGUUAUUAUAGAUCUGCUCACGCUUUGAUUUUAGUAUAUGAUAUUUCAUGUCAACCUACUUUUGAUUGUUUACCUGAUUGGUUAAGAGAAAUUGAAGAAUAUGCAAAUAAUAAAGUUUUAAGGAUAUUAGUAGGUAAUAAAAUAGAUCGAGAGGAUAGGGAGAUACCAACGCAUGUAGGUGAAGAUUUUGCACAAAGACAUGGAAUGUACUUUUUAGAAACAUCAGCAAAAGAGGCAGAAAACGUAGAACGAUUAUUUAUGGAGAUAGCUGCCGAACUUAUGGAUCAAGCACGUAGUAAGGAAUUACCUAGAUAUGAAACAAAUGCAACUUCCAUAAAUGGAAAGACUACAUCAAUUGGUGAUACUAAUAGUUGUGGUUGCAGUCGUUUUUCUUAAAUAUUUGUGGCAAUCGUAUUAUGUCAUUUGUAUGAAUGCAGAACUGUCGUCAGUUAUUGGAUAUUUAUAUAAUAGAAUAAGAUUAUACGUUUUUCAUUACAUAUAUUAAAUGCAAUACUAGUCGAUGUUUCACAGCUCAGACAAUAUUAAUCUAUUCGCACACUUGAUAUUAUAUAUUAGCAAAUAGCAAAAACACUAUAUACUAUUUUAAUUAUUAGAGUGAAUUGAUUUUUACAAUGUUAUAGUUAGUACUUUCUUCAAUGGCAGACUAUCAGAUUAGUUAAAUUUUUAUAAGAAUACUCUUUGUCUGACUGAUCUGUCAUCAUUUUUAUAAGAUUUUGGUUGCUUCAAAAGUACAAAUAGUUAUGUAUGAAUUUUGAUGGAUUUUUAUA